AUGCGCCUGGACCAGUGCCUCACAGCAGGAGGCUUGGGGUCUGCUGAUGAACAUUUUGGUUUCAGUAUGUUGCACACAGAUCAAAGAGCUCCGGGGAAGGUUUUGCAUGAUGCUGUUUGCAACCACCUGAACCUUGUUGAAGGAGACUAUUUUGGCCUUGAAUUUCCAGAUCAUAAAAAGAUGAUGGUGUGGCUUGAUCUUUUGAAGCCCGUUAUGAAACAGAUCAGAAGACCGAAGCACGUUGUUGUAAAAUUUGUGGUAAAAUUCUUUCCCCCUGACCACGCUCAGCUGCAGGAGGAACUGACAAGGUACCUAUUUGCAUUGCAAGUGAAGCAGGAUCUGGCACAGGGAAGGCUAACGUGUAACGAUACCAGCACUGCCCUCUUAAUCUCGCACAUAGUGCAAUCUGAGAUUGGGGAUUUUGAUGAAACCAUAGAUCGUGAACACUUAGCGAAGAACAAGUAUAUACCUCAGCAAGAAGCACUAGAAGACAAAAUCAUGGAAUUUCACCGUAGUCACAUGGGACAGACACCAGCAGAGUCUGACUUCCAGCUUCUGGAGAUUGCCCGCCGACUGGAGAUGUACGGAAUACGCUUGCAUCCAGCCAAGGACAGGGAAGGGACAAAAAUCAACCUGGCUGUUGCCAACACAGGCAUUCUGGUGUUUCAGGGUCACACCAAGAUCAAUGCCUUCAACUGGGCUAAGGUUCGAAAGCUGAGCUUCAAGAGGAAACGUUUUCUUAUCAAACUACGGCCUGAUGUGAAUAGUUCGUUCCAGGACACCCUGGAAUUCCUUAUGGCCAGUCGAGAUUUUUGCAAGUCUUUCUGGAAGAUCUGUGUGGAACAUCAUGCCUUUUUCAGGCUUUUUGAGGAACCUAAACCAAAGCCUAAACCUGUUCUUUUUUCUAGAGGUUCAUCAUUUAGGUUCAGUGGUCGGACUCAGAAGCAAGUUCUUGACUAUGUUAAAGAAGGAGGGCACAAAAAAGUGCAGUUUGAAAGGAAACACAGCAAGAUUCAUUCCAUCAGGAGUCUGACUGCACAGCCUUCAGAACAGCAUACAGAGGUGCCAAAACAAGUCAGUGAUAGCUCUAGCUUUGCCUAUGGAGAUGACAAUGAUGCUGCAGCAGUGCAGAGCUCCCGGCAAGGGAAGGAAUUGAAAGCUUCAGCAGAAGACACUGGACAGCACAAGAGCCCUUCCUUGAAGAAGAGCCCAAAGGAAAGCAGAAAGGUGGAUGGAGCAGUGGUGUCAACAGUGGAGGAGGAAGAGGAGGCUGCUAAGGACAGGAUGCAGCAGAACAGACCUCAGUCACAGCAACCAAGCACAGGUUCUCUGACUGGCAGCCCUCACCUUUCAGAGCUUUCCAUCAAUUCCCAAGGAGGACCAUCAGUGGCAAAUAUGUCUUUAUCUCCAAACUUGAGCCCUGAUGCCAAGCAGUCAUCUCCCUUGAUCAGCCCUUUGCUGAAUGACCCAUCGUGCAUCAGGACUGAUGAUGAGGAAGAGGUCAAAAGAAAGAGAUUCCCCACUGAGAAAGCUUACUUCAUUGCUAAAGAAGUAGCAACCACAGAACGAACAUACCUGAAGGACCUUGAAGUCAUCACAUCGUGGUUUCAGAGUGCAGUGAGUAAAGAGGAUUGCAUGCCUGAAACACUGAGAAAUCUCAUUUUCUCCAACUUCGAACCUUUGCACAAAUUUCACGCUGGUUUUCUCAAGGAGAUUGAGCAGAGACUUGCUCUGUGGGAAGGCCGCUCUAAUGCUCACAUUAAAGGAGAUUACCAAAGAAUCGGAGAUGUUAUGCUGAAGAACAUUCAGAGUAUGAAGCAACUGACAAUUCACCUGUGGAAGCACGAUGAGAUUUUAAUGGAGCUGGAGAAUGGGAUCAAGAACUCACGCAAGCUGGAGACCUUUUGCAGGGAUUUCGAGCUACAGAAAGUCUGCUACUUGCCUCUCAACACCUUCCUUCUCAGACCUUUACACAGGCUUAUGCACUACAAGCAGAUAAUGGAGAGGCUUUGCAAACACUACCCACCGAGCCACGUAGACUUCAGGGAUUCAAGAGCUGCUUUGGCUGAGAUUUCUGAAAUGGUGGCUCAGCUCCAUGGCAACAUGAUAAAGAUGGAGAACUUCCAGAAGCUGCAUGAACUCAGGAAGGACUUGAUAGGCACAGACAAUCUGGUGAUACCAGGAAGGGAGUUCAUUAGACUGGGCAGUCUCAGUAAGUUGUCUGGAAAAGGUUUGCAGCAGCGGAUGUUCUUCCUGUUCAACGAUAUCUUGUUGUACACAAGUAGAGGCCUGACAGCGUCCAAUCAGUUUAAAGUCCACGGGCAUCUUCCGCUGUACGGCAUGACAAUAGAAGAAAGUGAAGAGGAAUGGGGGGUUCCUCAUUGUCUGACGCUACGAGGUCAACACCAGUCCAUCGUUGUUGCUGCAAGUACCCGUGCUGAAAUGGACAAGUGGACCGAGGACAUUCAGAUGGCCAUAGACCUGGCAGAGAAAAGCAGUGGCCCUGCCCCUGAGUUACUGGCCAGCAGCCCACCUGACAACAAGUCUCCUGAUGAAACUACUGUAGACCAGGAAUCUGAGGACGACCUCAGUGCAUCCCGCACCUCACUCGAACGUCAGUCACCACACCGUGGCAACACUACGGUGCACGUCUGCUGGCACAGAAAUACCAGUGUUUCAAUGGUCGACUUUAGUAUUGCUGUGGAGAACCAGCUGUCUGGAAAUCUCCUCCGAAAGUUCAAAAACAGCAACGGGUGGCAGAAGCUUUGGGUGGUGUUCACCAACUUCUGUAUGUUCUUCUACAAAUCGCACCAG